AUGGGACCUGACCAGAAGUGGAAGUGUGUAGAGUGCAAAAGUGCUGAACCUAGGACGGAUAACACAAACACGCCCGUACGCAGCAGUAACGCGCGGCAUGAACAUGCCUACGUAAAUAUGAGCCGAGGUGCACAGACUCGGGUCGCUAUGAGCCCCGUGGCGCGCGAGGGUGACAGCUCCAUCAUGGAGGUGUCCUACACGGACAGCAACACUCACAACACCACCCCGCGCGACAAUGGGCUGGACACGACCUGCGUCACCGACACUCAGUUGCUUGUCUCCGAGCUUCGGCUUCUCCGCGAGGACAUGCGUGCGAUGAGCCAGGAGAUGCACGCUCUUCGCACUUCCCUGACGAGUCUGACAGCCAGGAUCGACGGCUGCGAUAGGCGGCUCGACGGUUGCGAGGACCGCAUCGGCGCGCUCUGUGCCCGUGUUGAGUCUUUGGAGACCCGACCCCAGUUGAGUGACGCCGCCCCUGACUCCUCUCUCGUCGAAACUGUGUCGCAACUCAGGUUGGAGCUAAACGACCGCGACCAGGAGCUGUUAUUAAAUGACAUCGAAAUAACUAGUGUGCCGGAGAGUAGCGGCGAGAACGCGAUGCAUUUGGUAACAGCCCUGAGCAAGAAACUGGGGGUCGAACUCACCGAGCAUGACAUCGUCGACGCUGGGCGUGUGGGGCGCGCGCCUCAGCUGCAGGAGGGUACCCAUGGGCCCGCCACGCGACCGCGGCCGCUCGUGGUGCGCCUGGCGCGCCGCGCCGUCAGGGACCGCCUGCUGCAGGCUGCGCGGGUGCGCCGUGGUGCCACCACGGAAGGCACCGGCAUCCCCGGGCGAACGCAAACCUUCUACGUCAACGAACGGUUGACCCCUCAAAAUCGGCGUCUCUUCUACAAGGCUCGGGAGCUUAAACAGCAGCAGUCUUGGCGGUACGUCUGGACCAGAGACGGCAAAAUCUACGCACGGCAGCAGGCUGGCACGAACUCGCCCCGGCACCGCAUACGCACUGAGUUAGAUUUAAAUCGUGUUUUUGGCUUACGAUAG